GGGGGUUAGAGAAGUGCGGUUGCCCAUUUCCUGCUUUGAAAUGAUGUGUGCACAAAACAGAGAAGAGAAACUUCCUUGACUGUAGAGCUUUGUAUUCCGUUAGUGUAAGCGCAGACGCUCUUUCAAAUGCUGUAAAACAUUCACUUAAGAUAAAGGAGGAGAUUUAUCAGAGGACCAUGAGUCGUGGAUCUAAAUCUAAAAUGGAGAGCGCCCGCAGCCCUCUGCUGAGCCUGCAGGAGAAUGAGAAGUUGGAGGAGCUGCUGGGCAGAAGGUGUGCUUCCGUGGCCACUGCAGUAGCACAGUUGCACAUGGCUCUGCCUAACAGUCCAUCCAUAUGGAGUCUGCAGCACACUGGAGUGGUGUGCUUCGUCAAAGACAACCCUCAGCGCUCCUACUUCAUACGGAUGUUUGAUUUGAAGGCAGGGCGGCAGGUUUGGGAGCAGGAGCUCUACAACCAAAUUGUUUACUCCUCACCACAGUCGUACUUUCAUACCUUUGCUGCAGAUGAUUGUCAAGUGGGACUGAACUUUGCCGAGCAACAGGAAGCAGAGGCCUUCCAAAGUGCUGUGGAGGAGAAAAUCGACCAAAGAAACAACCGUCACGACAAGAAACAGCGCCCCCCGCCACCUAGUGACAGAGGUUCCCUGCCUCGACUCCCGCCUGAAAAAGGUAGCCCUGGAUCUUUUCCUAUGGCCACAGUGGACAUCCAGAACCCAGAUAUCCAGUCUUCACGCUACCGCUCGACACCUUCAACCUCUUCCUUAGCUCUCAGCAUCAAAGACAAGAAAAAGGACAAGAAGAACAAGAAAAAGGGCCCAAAACUCUCCAAAGCAGACAUAGGAGCACCCAGUGGAUUUAAGCAUGUUAGUCAUGUCGGGUGGGAUCCCAACAACAUUGACCCUGAUCUGUGGAAGCUGCUCUCCCAAGCUGGGAUCAGUGAAGCUGAGAUGAGGGAUGAAAAAACCUCUCAGCUCAUCUAUAAUGUCAUCGAGCAGUCUGGAGGCAUGGAGGCCGUCAAACGGGAGGUGAACAGAGCUUCUGGACCUCCACCCCCUCCACCCGGCAGACAGGGGCCCCUGCCUCCUCUGCCAGGCUCCACUCUCUCUGCCCCGACCCCUCCACCUCCACGAAGCCGCUCCGGCCCCCUGCCUCCCAUCCCAGGCCAGUCCUCACGAGGUCCCCCAUCCGCUCACUCACCUUCAGCACGUGGAGGUGUGCCACCCCCACCCCCUCCAACAAACAGAGGCGGACCACCACCACCACCGCCACCUGCACUCUCCGCGUCCUCACCACCUUCCACAAAGUUCUCUACUGCCUCAGCUCCAAUGUCCUCCCACCACGCGCCUCCUCCCCCGCCGCCAUCUAGCCAACAGCGUUUUCCGCCUCCUCCAGUCCCAUCUGCACCCAACAGAGCGGGCGGAGGAGGGGCACCUCCUCCUCCUCCACCCCCUCCUCCUCCACCUCCUCAGGCUUCUGUUUCUUCAGAUUUCCCACCACCUCCUCCCCCCUCUGGUGGCCCAGCACCACCUGCCCCUGUAUCCUCGGGAGGAGGAGACGGCAGAGGAGCUCUGCUGGAUCAGAUCCGACUGGGGAAGAAGCUCAGAAAUGUGACAGAGAGCCCUGAUCCAGCUCCAUCCUCGUCUCCAGGAUCAGGUGAGGGCAUCGUUGGUGCUCUCAUGAGUGUCAUGCAGAAGAGGAGUAAAGUCAUCCAUUCCUCUGAUGAAAGUGAAGAAGAGGGUGGAGAUGAAGACGACGACGACGACGAAUGGGACGACUGAUGCAGAGGUUCUUGUUUGUGUAGAUUUUGACGUUAGUUCAACUAUGAUUUUUAGGGCGAAACCUCUGGGUUGCAACAUGUUUGGAUUUUGCAAACUGGAAUAUGAGUUGUAUAUGAGACAAACUGUAGGCGAUUAAAUAAACAAGUCAUUUAUCGUAAAGGACUGUGAAGGACACACUUAAGAGAAUUCUGAAAUGUUUAUAUAUUUGUUCAAACAUUUCCAGUGUAGGAUUGAUCAGCAUGACAGCACGUAGCACUGUGUUACUCACAAUGAAGGUGAAUGGUGGCUCUGACUGGAAAAUAUAUUGUUCCUUGUGCUUCCAUUGAAAAGAGCCAUUUUUAAAAACAAGUAAAUACAGCUUAUGACAGAACACCACCAAUCAAAUACUAAAUCUGAGCCAGUUUCAUUCCCAUUUUU